AUGAUUUCUAUCAAUACGGGUGACGAUGACUUGAAACCAGUGGUCUCUUUCUCUUCGGAAGAUCUUAUUUUGAUUCGAGCAGUCCGUGACGGAAUAGAAGUGAUUCCGAUAAAUGUAUUUGGAAUAAGUUCCUUUUGUUGCAUGCGUUCUGGCUACUUCGAAAUCAUGGCUAAUGAAUCCAACAUCCAAACAUUGCUUCUAUCAUUCUAUAACUACGUGCACGAAUUCCUCGGACCUUCUCCCGAGUAUCAACUCAGUGUAGAGCCCGAAGGAUUCUUGCCCAAAAUAAAAAAUGUGAACGUCACUAAGCUUCACUUUAGACAAUGUCCAAGAGCCAACGUAUUGGAGGAAUAUUUUAGUUGUUCCCCAAAUCAGGAAUGUGUUUUCUUCAAAACAUGGGCGCAAUUUGAAUUUAUGACACAGUCAAAAAUUUGUGAUACAAAUAAUUUGAAGUUCGAUUGCCUCGGCCAACCAACUGAUCAAAUUCUAGCUGACUUCAAUGGACGAAGUCUAGUCUUGGAACUAACUUCGAUUAAAGAGUCAACGAUUAUCGAGUUCGUUAAUCAAUGGAGAUCAAAUCGAAAAUAUCAAAAUUUGGAAUUUGUUCACAUUAAUCUUUUCCGAGAAUCUUAUGAGGAUCCUCUAGAACUUAUGGAGGAAAUUGGAGUGAAAGAGAAUGGCCUGGCAGUUUACCAUUUCAAGAAUAGGUCAGAAAGUUGGGAUUAUCUUAUCUAG